GUGCGGAUUGCAUCAACAACAUUCAUGUAUACGUUGAUGCUUUCGCCUUAAAAAAAAACCCCAAUCUUUGUAAACGGUGUGAAAAGAUGAGUUAUUCGGCCAGUGUUUCUCUAAACCAAAUCGAAACGGAAAUCUAACGUUUACAAUGUGAUAAGCGCAUUAUGUUGGGGAGACGAACUGAUUCCGUGAUAUAAGGUCUACAGGAGGCCUUGAACAACGAUUACAACAGUGCUCAUAUUCAGCAAUUUAUGAGUAGCCCGUCUUUAGUCACUAAUAACUCGUUCUCGGAUUGUGUCGAUGGUUUUAUUUUGUCUACAAUCAUUAUAAUAUCGUUACGACUAAUAAUCAAAAGUUGAACUCUUUAGUUUGUUUAAGAAAUGCAUAACAACUUCAGCAACACCAUGGGUGGGCCCAAUCCACCGGGAAUCGUUUGGCAACCAGUGACGAUGGCUCCUGCAAACAUCGCCAACUACAACAUCGGCAAGAAAUCGACUACCCUCCGCGCUGUUUCAAAUAUCAGCAUCAUUUUGGGUGUCCUCUCCAUUGCUAUCCAGAUUGCGGCGUUAGUGAUCUACGCUACCUCCAUCUACAACUAUGUAUAUUUACCGUGGGAUGUUAUCGGUCAUGGAAUCUGGUGCGGAGCGUUCUACUUGACGGCCGGUAGCUUAGGCGUGGCUGCCUGUAGAAAAUUGGCGAGAUCACUUUUGAUUGCGACCGUAGUAAUGUCCGCGAUAUCAGUCGCCGGUGCCAUCGUCGCAUCUACACUGUCUGGAUUAGCGGCAAUCGAUGGCGUCUCCUAUCGUUGCUACGUUUACAGUCCAUACUAUGUAUCAGACUCAGACCUAUGUGACGCGUGGCUCGGCCUGGAAUGGACCCUAUUUUCUAUCAGCAUAUUGGCUUUCAUGAACUCAAUUGCUCUAGUAUCCUUAGCAUCAGUUUCUCUAUGUUGUGGCGGACGUAAUAAAGACCCACAAGGAAACACUAAUUUUACCAUUGGGGUUGGAAGCAAUCAACAACCAAUGUAUUAUCAGCCACAACCGAUGUAUUCAGCGGCUCAACAGCAUCCGAAUGUUCAGCAGGCCUAUUAUCCACAGCAGCAACAGUUUCAAUUUUUUCAACCCAAUUCGGAAGUCUUCAAUGUACCCCAGCAACAACAACAGCCGACGCGGCAUUCGCAACUACUGCAACAACAACAAUCGCAGCAGAAACAGCCGGAACUACCGCGGUUGGCCACCAGCCAACGCCAAAAUCAGUCGUUACAAUCUGAACAGUUCAAUGCCCAGCCAUAUACUGAACAAAACUAACCCAACCGUUUGAAAGAAUCGAGUGCAGAACUGAGCUUGUUAUUAACAUAACAAUAAAUGAAUAUAAACUUAUAAAACUUUUAAUACAACCCCAUAUCACCAA